AUGGACAACACGCCGCUCCACCCAGACAUCACGACCCUGCCGCCCGACACAGGCCAACGCCACGGCGACUUCCUCACUGCGAUCCCCUACAACCGAUCAAUGUACCGCACCACCCUCCUCCUCCGCCUCGCCUCCAUGCUCGACGCCGUCAUCAUCCUCGCCUCGCUCGCCUCGCAAAAGGAAGACGACGCCUUCAUCACCGACAACUGGUCUUUCGGGUGUCCCACGGCGGUUCUGGCGCUGCUGUGGAGCGCGGGCGAUGUAGGUACGAUGCUGGUGCGCGAUCGCGGGUUCCGGUGGACGAAGAACGAUCCGACGAAGCUGCCGCGGAGUACAAAGUUCAGUUGGGGGAAGCCGGGCGCCCACGUGGCUGCGCAUUUGCUGAUUUGGGUGCCGACGGCGGCGUUUAUGGGGAUUGUGAUUUCGAGUUGGUUGUUUUAUCAAAACGGGGGCGGGUCCUUGGGUGGUGUUGAUCCGCGGCAGACGCAUACCAUGGCGGCGGUAAUUUUCUUCAUGUUUGUCUUGACGAUGAUCCACUUUGCGCUCUUUAUAUUUGCCAUUGUCGAGGUCGACAAUGUGCGACGGCAUUACUCUGACGUCGUCUUCAUCCCGAGGGGCGAGCUGUGCGAGAUGGUGCCCGUGCCGCCAUCAACGCCAUGGGAGAUGUUCUCGCCUCGGAAGCUGCUUCUAUCUUAUUUUGCGAACCACUAUGUUCGCUUCGUGCCCGGAGCAGACGGGACGGUUACUGUUGCUCGAGACUAUAGUAGUCGACAGGCGAGGUUUUGA